CUCCCGCUCCAGUCACACGCUGAUAGUGAUAGUGGGCAGGCCGGAAUUGGCCUUAGUGUGUCGGUUCAACAAGUGGUUUGCGUGAGGGCACUUCGACCCUCUCGAGUUUUUCAGAUUUUUUUUUGCAUCUCAUCCUCGUGUGCGCCUCACCUCGAGAUAUUGAAUUUUUUGUGAUUUUGCUACGUACUUGUGUGCUACAGUGUCGAAGUUUCGCGUCAGCGACAGAAUUUUUUUCUCAAGUUCGGAUUUUUGUCAAUUUUUGCACCGGUGACAUAAUCGUUCGCUGACCCCAGUAAUUUUUUAUCAGUGCUCGGAAAUUUUUAUGGUCUGCAGAACCAUCUCAGUGAAUUCCAAAAGAGAUCUCGUGUCACCAGCGACAGAAUUCGUGAUAGGUAAUUGUGAUUCUAGUUCGGGAUACUUUGAAGUUCUGCAAGUUGUUCGUGGUUCGCCCAACCAAUAUGUUUCAGUGAUUGAUCGACAAAGAUUUUGGAAGUUACAAGGUGAAAUCUCAACGUACGCCGAUCCUUUAGCUUUAGUGUGGUCAUCCGGCUGAUCUAGGAACAGGCGAGAAAAGUAAGUGGCAACGGAAUCGAAAAACUGUUGGGAAGUGCCUCCCAAGAUGGGUGGCGAGAAGACGAAAAGCGACUCCGAGUCGGAGCAGCGGCUGGCGGUGCUCAGCUACGAGCAAGUGCGGCGGCUCAAAGACGUCAUGGACGACACGGUGAUGAUCCACGGGCGCGGCAACUUCCCGACGCUGGAAGUGAAGCUCCGCGACCUGGUCACCGUCGUGCGGGAGAAGCUGGAGGCCCCGACGGCCGACGGCGGGCCGGCCAUGCGCGUGCGCGACAUCCGACUCAACGGCGGCUGCGCCUCGCACGUCCUCGCCACGGAGUCGCAGCCCUACAACGACCUCGACCUCAUCUUCGGCGUGGAGCUGUCCUCGACGAAGAACUUCGACCGGGUCAAAGCGGCCGUCCUCAACUCCCUCCUCGAUCUCCUGCCGGAAGGCGUCAGUCGGAAAAGGAUCUCCAGCUGCAGCCUCAAGGAAGCCUACGUCUCCAAGAUGGUGAAAGUGAACCAGGACGGGGACCGGUGGUCCCUCAUCUCCCUCGGCAACUCCCGCGGGCACAAGAACGUGGAGCUCAAGUUCGUCGACUCGAUGAAGCGUCAGUUCGAGUUCUCCGUCGACUCCUUCCAGAUCGUGCUCGACUCCCUCCUGCUCUUCUACGAGUGCUCCGACUUGCCCAUCACGGAGACCAUGUACCCGACCGUCGUGGGCGAGUCCAUGUACGGCGACUUCCAGGAGGCCCUCUACCAUCUCCAGAAGAAGCUCAUCGCGACCAGGCACCCGGAGGAGAUCCGUGGCGGCGGCCUCCUCAAGUACUGCAACCUCCUCGUCAAAAACUACCAUCCGGCCAAGCCGGACCACAUAAAAACCCUCGAGCGGUACAUGUGUUCCCGGUUCUUCAUAGACUUUCCCGACAUCCUCCAGCAGCGCGCCAAGCUGGAGAACUACCUGUGGAACCACUUCGUGGGCCCGGAGGAGGAGAGCCUCAAGUAUCAGUAUCUCUUGCUCUUGCACAACGUCGUUGAGGAGAGCACCGUCUGCCUCAUGGGCCACGAGCGUAGGCAGACGCUCAACCUCAUUGCGCAGCUGGGCAAUCAGGUCUUGUACGCCAAGCAGACCCGCUUGCUGCCCACCACUGCUUUUAUCUACGCCAAUGGUUACAAUUACUAUUACGCGCCUCUCGUCCCGUGUACCUGCACCUCUUACAUGACCUGCUCCUCCUAAUUAUUCUUCCUCUCUCUUGCGCGUCAUCACGAAUUUCGCGCAUUACCCCACUCGGCCGCCGUGUCCUCGUAGGCUGCUCUGAAAGUUUGUUACUCAUUUCUCACCUGGAACUGCACUUUUAGAUCACCUCUCAACGCCCCCCCCCUUCCACGCCCUCUUCAAGUUUACGUCCUUUUCUGACUACGCUCCUUCCGAGAGAGCUGCUUGUUUCAUACUCCAAGAUAGCUAAUGUUUUGCCUAUAAUAUUUUCCUUCGAUUAACAGCUGAGCAAUAUACUCAAUCCAAAAGGAUGACUUAUUUCCACUCCAUCUGUAAAGGUUUUUGAAAAACCAAGCAUUUCGAUCGAUAAAGAAAAAAGUGUAUAUAAUUUAUUGUCCACGAAUAAAUUUUAAAGUCUAAGUGUACCCCUUGGAAAAUAAUCUGAUUCUCUUAUGAAAUGUCGUAAAGACACCCCCAAUAUAAUCGUCAUGAGUCGGAAAGUCUUAAGCAAAAUAUCAUACACUAUUUAGUGAAACAGAAUGUUGGGAAAUUUUAUUUUUUAUCAUGAAUUAUCAAAAAAUCGAACAUUUUCAUUGAUCUCUAAUAUAGUUAGGAUCACGUUAAAAAAUGGUUCAUCUAUGGGGGCCUUUGAUUAAACAUUUUUGUAGGUGGGGGAAUUAGGGGCUCUAGAUUUAUGUGUCAGACAAAUCAUCAGUCCCAAUUAAAAACUUUAAACACAGAGGCUCACGAUUAGUUCAUACUAGACUCCAGGCACAAUUUGAUCUCAAGUUUAUUUACAGUCUCCGACAGACCAUCAUUCGACAAACGUUUUUCUCGACGGGGACGGAAGUCGCUCAUUGAUUGGUUUACGAUUGUAGGAUCACGUGAUCUCAUCGAUCGAUGCGAAAUUAAGCUUGAUUAUCAGGUUCACUCGAGCCGUCGAUAGCCUAUCCGAAAUUCGCUCUGAUAGGUGCAUAAGAUCACGCGACCCUACCAACCGAUGAGGAGCAUAGUUCAGUUCAGUUCAAUUUUUACGUAAUUUACCGUCAUUGAAAAACUUUUAAGAACCACCCCGCUGGCUGACGUGGGCAGAAUCUCAUCUCCAUGCAACUUAAGUAUAAACUAGGAAAGUCUGGUCGCGUUUUCGCAUCAAAAACUUUCUCAAAAUAUUUUUCGAACAAAAUUAUAAAUUUUUCCCUUGUUGGAAGUGUAUGUUUUCAUUAGUUAAUCUCGUAUACUGAUCCUCAACUGAAGUCAUGUUGCAUCUUUUCCUUUUCAAUUUCAAGCUUCUUUAUUUGCACUGCAUGGGUGUGCAGAGCUAUCUUAUCUAAUUCCACCCACUUGAAAAAAUAUUUUCUCGCGCUUUCAAAACAACUAUCGCGGAUUUAUAACGCAAUUCAGUAGUUUUAAUCGAAUUAUAGCCACUCAAAAUAAAAGAGGAAUAUGAGACCUUUAACCCACAGCUUUUAAUGGCAAGUGAAAGGAUCAUAGACAUUCCUCACCUUGCAAACGCAGGCAGACACACUACACGAGAACCGGUGCGUGUGCUAAUGCAUGUGCUGCUGAAACUUGAGCAUUACAAAAAAAUGAGCAACAUGUCGCGUCGUGUGUUAGAAACUCCAUCACUCGGAAUUCGAUUUGAAGAAGCUGGUGACGUGACCACAACCAAAACCAAGAAUUAUCUCUAAGACCUUCCAGUCAAGACUUUGGAGACCUGGUUUGAAAAAAACCUUAAUUUCAAAAAAAGGUAAAUUAAACAUGAAAAUUAACAAAUGAACACACGAUGGAUACCAUCAUUUUUUUCUGUUAAAAAAAGGGGGAAAAGGAAAAGAUAGAAAUCAAAUCGAAUGUAAUUAUUCCAUAAUUUUCUAAGUAUAGUCCUAAUUUCCUGGUAUUCGUCGUAAGGGAAAUUAUUACGUGAACAGUUCACACGACUUCACGUAAAAUUUUACACAAUUCUUCGCUCAAUUUAGAAUGAGUCUAAAAAGGAUUAACGUAUCAACGAAACAUUUUGAAAAGUAACGUAAAAUCGAGUUUACUUUUCCGUAAAAAUACACGAAUACAGCUCGUGAGAUAUGAAUAUUGACAUUUUUUCCUCUCACGUGAUAUUCAACCUCUUUCCAUCAGUGGCGUGGCGUGAA